AUGCUUCGUGGAAUGGUUUUUCAGAACUUUGUUCACUUCAAAGAGAGAUGUAAAUUUGAUUUUUCGAAAACUGAAAACGGCCCAAAUAUUUUUGUUGGAUGUAGUUCAACAGGCAAAACAGCUGCCUUGGAACUAAUGAGAAGAUGUAUGGACAGUAAAAUCAAUUCAUCUCUUACAAAAAGACUUUACCCAGACAAAAAUGCAUAUGUUUUCUGUGAGUUUAAAAAUGAAACAACUUGUUAUGGACCUACUGUUAUAACAGGAAUUAUUGUGGAAGGAAAACACGAAAGUAAUCCAGGUUUAAUUCCUGAAGAUGAGGAAUAUGAAGACUGGAAUGAGAUGCAAACCAAGAACGACACAAGGUUUCAUAAAGUUAUAAUGUACUGUUUUAAAGAGGAAAUAAAGUUUUGUUCAAAAACAUAUAUAGAAAAAGAAAAUGGCAACAUUGUUGAUUUAAGAAUGAAUCUAAGACUCUCUCCAAGUCUCUUAGAUGGAAUACUGGAUAAAAACCAAACAAAAAUAAGUAAUGACAUAAACGAAGGAAUCAAAACAAAAUUCAAUGAUGUUUUUGUUAUCAGAGUUCUUGAACAAAUCAGACAAUUAAAGAAAAAUGAAACCGUAAACUCAAAACCAAAGUUGUGGAAAAUGAUGGAGGAAAAUUUUGUCGGUAUUUUAACGAUGAGAGGACCGGGUACUUUUCAGUGGACAAAGAGCAGAUAUAUUGACUUCACAUUCAAAUCAAUGAACUAUGAGGAUGUAUGUGCUCAUGCAGAAAUCAUAACUAAUCUUUUGGAUAGUGAAUUAAUUGACAAAGAGGAAGAAAGAAGAAUAUUUGGAUAUCUUACAUAUCCAAAUGAAAUUGUAUUUCGGAAAACUGCAUCACAAACUGGUAAAACUGUGAUUAACGUUGAGCUACAGAAAAGCCCGCCGUUUCCACUGUUGAAGACCUCCCUUGGUAUCAUAGAGGCAAAGCAAUUUUCUCUUCUUAUGACACAUAAAUCAUUUAAAACAAUUUGCUUAGAAGAACCUGAUAGAGGAAUGCAUCCUCACAUGAUUGAACGCAUGAAAGAGGUACUCCAUCAAGAAAGUAGAAAUAAAACCAUUAUUGUUGCAACACACAAUCCAUAUCUUCUCGACUCCAGAUCGUUAGAUAAUACCUUUAUCUUCUUAAAAAAAGGUAUUGACUCAUUUGUCGAAAAAAUUGGUGCCCUUGAUGAAUGUGCCAUUGUACGAAAGAAUAUUGAAGUUCAAGAUUUAAAAAGACUUUUGUUUUCAUCGCAUGUUCUUUUUGUUGAAGGAAAGUCCGACAAAAUUGUUCUGCAAUCAAUUUUCAUGCACAUCGUUUUAUCAAACAGGAAAACACUUGAUAUGUUGAGUUAUGAGAUAAUUCAAAUGGGUGGAAAAGACUCUCAAGACCCCUUGACAACGUUUUGCAAACGCAUCAAUAUAGAGCAUUGCUUUAUUUUAGAUCGAGAUGCACAUAUAACGACAAAGAAAGAAAAUGAAACAUUUGAUGAAUUUUCUAAUCGACUGGCAGGAGAAAAAAAUACUUUUGUCUGGGAAAAGGGAGAGCUAGAAGAUUUUCUCUUAAAUGAUGAUACUGAUGAUGAUUUUACAAAACUUAACGAAAUUUUAGGGCAAGAAGAACAGUUUCCAACUUCAAAAAAAAUUAAAAAAGAGAAAAUUAAAAAAGGUUUAAAUGCCGGGUUAUCCAUGAGCCAGUCAAAAAAACUGGCUGACUUUAUCAAAGGAUUUUCCGACACUAAACGUCUUCGAAAGUUUCUGGAAGAAAAAAUGGCGUUUUUUAAAAAAGAAGACGACUGAGUAUUUUUCCCUCAUCAAAUGCAAAUGUAAGAUAUUAAAAAAUAUAUUGUACAGGCCAUUAAAUGUAUAUUUUUGAAGAAGGAACUCCCCAUCUCGCAGAGACUUGAGAAAUUAUCUAAUGUCUACCAAAAGGUGAUAAGCCUAGACAGUUUUUAAAAAACUGGCGACCAAAUACUAUUUUAAAUGUUUUGUAAAAGGUUAUUUCAGGGUGUGUUAGUUUUAGAAUCAAGAAAGAAUUAGAUUAUUAAUCUUGAUUUAUGAUGGGAAGAUACAUUGGAGAGAAUACUAGAUUUAUAUACGGCCUGUUAUCUUACACUGAGUUCAAAAAACAUACCGGGUCUUUUAGUACUUAUAGAUUUUGAAAAGGCUUUUGAUUCUAUGUCGUGGUCGUCAUAUGCCAAGUCCUUAAAUAUUUUGGCUUUGGAGACAAUAUGAUUCAGUGAAUAAAGAUUUUGAAUACAAACUUUUAUGCUGCUAUUUUACAGUGCGGCAAUCUAUCUCAACAGUUUGUUGUCCAAAGGGAAUACAGGCAAGGGGACCCUGUCGCUCCAUAUUUAUUCAUCAUGUGUGCAGAAAUCUUAGUAAUAAUGAUUAAACAAAAUGAAGAUAUUAAAGGUAUUUUUAUUAAUGAUAUUGAACAUUAGAUAUCACAAUAUGCAGAUGACACUUCACUAGUCUUUGAUGGUUCACCAAAAUCUCUUUUUGUAGCUCUAAAAACCAUAGAUUAUUUUUUAUAGUUUUUCUGGUCUUGAAAUAAAUACAUCUUGGACAAAUAUUA